UGAAAAGGAUUGCUUGUUCUUUUUUGUUUAAGAAAUUUCAGUCUUCUGCAAAAGUUGGUGGAGAUCAGUUGAAAGUUGGACUUAACAUUUUUGUGGUGCCAGAAAAUUCGAAGCUGUCAAAAUCUAGCAGUUUAAGAAAACUUUUAAAAGAAUAAAAAUCGAAUUGCAAGAGUUAGAAGAAGAAAAAUAACAGCAAAUGUUUGAAGUGUUUCAAAGGUUGAAAUGUUUGAUUGUAGUGCUUAUGUGUACCACCACAGCCCUCUGUUUUGAUGAUGAGUAUAAGUGCAACAAACAGAAUGAAGGAUUACAUAUUGUCAAUUCAAUGCAUUGUCAGGUUUACUUGUAUUGCAAUGGUUCAGAAUUGUUCCUCCUAGUUUGCCCAAAAGGGGAAUCAUUUGAUGCAAACGAAAAAACGUGCAGAAAUUCCUCUCUUGUUUACUGUGCUGAAGAUGACCCAAAAAACCACGUGUCACCGAAAGAAUUUGUUCCAAGGAGGACUAGAGUCAAACGCCAAAUUACUAUCAAUGGUCAACGUACGUCCUUUCUAGAAAUUCUCUUGUCAUAUGCUGACCCAAUCAUUGCCCAGGUCAUACCUGCUGUCAGACCAAUAUUCAUAAGGCAAGAAGAAACUGUCAAAAACAAAAUCAUUUUGCCAAUCAUCUUCGACAUGCUGCAGGACGACGAAACAAGACAAGACUUGCGACGCAUUUUCUUCACAACCAAGGAAGCUUUUCGUCCCAUUUUCUUGCGUGCUGUUCGCCAACAAACCUUUGGUGCGCCAAGAGGCACCGUGAUUCAUAUUCCAAAGGACGAAAUCAACGCAUCCAGAGCUCUGUUCGACACUCGAGCUACACCUUUGAUCAGAAAAGUCGCCGAAAAGCAUUUCAGUUCAAUUUUCAGCCGACUUGCUCAAAACACCGAAGUUCUGUUCGAUGCUGUGGACAAUUUAGAAGAAGCCGCCGUUCCUUAUGCUGCAGAACUAAGGCAGAGAUUUACAGAAUUCAUGGCUAAGCAUGGAAGUCUGUUUUUAAACGCCACUGAUUCUGAUGUGCAGUCUUACACCCUGCAAGAAAUUAAGGAAGAUCUGAUGCCAAUUGGCAGACUUCUGAUAGAAAUUUUCAUCGAUAAAAUGAGCAGAGAGCCGAGAUCUAUUUUCAGUUCACUUUUCUCCAGAAACUCAAUCUUGUACACUUUGUUAAGUGCCAAUGCUCCUUUAAAUCCUGAAUAUCAAUUAGAUCCAAGAUCAAGGAACAGCCCAUCUGAGCCAAUUAUGCCAACACUGCUCAAUAUGGUGAAUCGAAUUAUUCCGCUUAGGUUUUAAUAUAAUUUAAACAAGCAUAAUUUUGUAUAUAAUUUAAAUAAACAUAACAUAACAAAUGUA